UGUAUAAUUCCGGUAAAACAACAUAUUUGUUUCAAAAAAUUCCUAUAUACUUUAAUUCAUUCUCCUAUAAAUUAAUAUAAUGAUAGUUGUGUAAUGCCUAAUCAAAGUCGUAAAAUCAGUUAUCAUGUAUGUACAUACAUAUGUACAAAUGUAAAGUUCUCUAAAGUAGUUGAUUGGAUAAGACGAAAAAGAUAUAUGUGUGGUUGUGUUUAUGCUUCAACCAUGAAUUCUGUAAUUAUUGUUUAGUGCAGACAAUAUUAUUUUGAAACUUUUUAAGCCUCUUAAAACUGUUUGCUAAACUGUUUUCUCAUAUUAUGCUAUGGUGCUUUUCAACGGCUCUAAGCGUGGAGCCCAUUGUGCUUGUGCACGGCGGUGCCGGUUCCAUCACGGAUGCUCAAUUGCCUGUGGCAUUACAUGGAGUCAAAACGGCAGCACGCGUCGGCUUCGAGACACUCAAAUGUGGCGGUAGUGUGUUGGAUGCCGUGCAGCAAGCGGUGCGUUCAAUGGAAAUCAAUCCACAAUUCAAUGCUGGCUAUGGUUCGGUGCUCACUUGGGAGGGCAAAGUGGAAAUGGAUGCCGCCAUCAUGAACGGUGUGGAUUUGGAUGCGGGUUGUGUUUCCGUAGCACGCGACAUUUAUCAUCCUAUCGAUUUGGCACGUCGUGUUAUGGAGAAGACACGACACAAGUUUCUUUCGGGCGAAGGUGCAAUGCUUUUCGCAGAGGAAGAGAAUUUCGAAAUUCUACCCGAGGGCGCUUUGGUCACGAAUAAGUCACAGAAGGCACUUGAAGACUACAAGAACAGUUUGAAUGCAACGACAAAAAAAUUGUGCAAUACCGAUUUGAAUAUUGGAUGCCCUUGUGAUAUACAAGGUGUGCUGUCGUAUUCUGUUCUCAAUAAUUUCCUCAAAGAAUACGGUUCACAGGGCACAGUCGGUGCUGUUGCCAUUGAUGAAUUGGGCAAUUUGGCUGCCGCUACUUCCACGGGUGGCAUAACAGGUAAAAUGCCCGGACGUGUUGGUGACUCACCAUUAUUAGGGGCUGGCACAUAUGCUGAUAACGAAGUGGGCGCCAUAUCGGCUACAGGUCAUGGUGAGACUAUUAUGCGUUACAAUGUCGCCUCGCGUAUUUUGGCUUAUAUUAAAUAUGAAAAUAUGACCGCUGAAGAGGCGUCAGCGAAAGUCUUGAAGGACAUGAGGCAACGUUUCGAGCAGACAGCCGGCGUAAUAAGUCUCGAUAGGGAGGGCAAUGUGGGCAUCAACUUUACAACGGCACGCAUGACUUGGGCCUAUCAACGCGGCGAAGAGCUACAUUACGGUGCGGAUCCGAAUGAAGAUAAUGUUGACAUAGUAGGCGAACCGCGCCUAAGCGCUUUGGAUUUGUGUGUUUAAUUAAGGCUUUUUACUGUUGCUGGAGUAAGAUAAGUUGUCUGGUAUUAUUGUUAUAAGCAAAAUUUAAAGCAAUAUAAUUCUAAAUUUUUAUGUAUGUAGCAGCAGAGAACUUAAAAGAAUGAGUAGUUCUCUGGUA